AUGUCUCUUGUCACUUGUUCAACAGUCAUUCACAAUGACGUAGCAUUUAUUUCUGAAAUGGGUGAAAUAUUAUGUAUCAAUCGUCACUCCUCAGAUAUUCACUUCGUCAUUUCUUUCAUCGUUAUGUUCCUCAGUUCGCUUUUGGCUCCUUUCUUUCGUAUCCUGGAUAACAGGAAUCAAUCGAUGAGGGAUGAGCACGUGGGCUUUGUUUUAUUUCUUUCCUUUCUUUCCCAAUUUCCUAUGUACUGUCUCCGCUUCUUUCUCCUCUUUGCCAUUUUUUCUAUUUUUCUUUCUUUCUUUUCUGAAUUCAUUUUAUUCUUUCUUUCUUCUUAUUCUUUCUUUCCUUUUCAAAUUUCUUUUAUCCUUCCCUUCUACCCAAUCGUUUUUUCUUACUUUUCCCAAUUCCUUCUAUCCUUUCGUUCUUUUCAUUCUUUCUUUCUUUCUUUCUUUCUUUCUUUCUUUCUUUCUUUCUUUCUUUUCCCAAUUUCUUUUGUCCUUUACUUCUUCUCAUUAUUCUUUCAUUCUUUCUUUCAUUUCCUAAUUACUUUUAUCCUUUCCCUUCGCUGUUUCUUUCUUUCUUUCUUUCUUUCUUUCUUUCUUUCUUUCUUUCUUUCUUUCUUUCUUUCUUUUUCCCUAAUUCUUUUUGUCCUUUUCUUCUUCACAUUUUCCUUUCUUUCUUUUCCUAAUUCCUUUCAUUCUUUCCUUUCUGGACUGAGCUUGGCCAUUCUUCCGGUUUCGUCAUUCGUGUAUGUUACCCUUCUUGUCAGAGUCCGGAUUUAUCUCUCUACAUAUUCUGGAUAUUCCCAAAAUGAAAUGGUGAAGACUUUAUGA